GCUAGUGCUUUGAAGAUCACAAAGCUUACAGCUGGGCCUCAAGACACUGCUGGGGUCUGUAGGAUGGUGGGAUGUGCGCAACCUUUUAAACCCUUUGGAUUUGCCCCGUGAGCCGUCUCUUUGCAUCUGGAUGACCGGCACCUUUGCGCUGCGGACUAGAGCUAGAAAGGACCCUUACGCUGCCCGCAAAAGUUAGCUGGAUGGAUCCCGGGAUUUGCGCUAUGUUUGUGUUCAUGGAAAAGUAGCCCCAGGGAGCUUGGCCCCAAACUCCCUGCCGCCCCUGUCUCCAGAGAGUCGGGACAACUAGCUUUGUAUUUUCCGGGUAGAAACAGUUCUCAAAAGGACGUGUUACCCGUUCCGUGAAUCAUGAGGCUAUGUGCGUUUCAUGCGUAUGCCCUGUUGGUAACAAUAACCGUGGCAACUGCUGUUAGUUUUCCCGAGGAUGAUGAGCCUAUCAACGUUGUAGACUAUCACUAUUCAAGGCAAUAUCCAGUAUUCAGAGGACGCCCUUCAGGCAAUGAAUCGCAGCACAGCCUGGACUUUCAACUGAUGUUGAAAAUUCGAGACACACUUUAUGUUGCUGGAAGAGAUCAAGUUUAUGCCGUAAACUUAAACGAAGCUCCAAAGAAUGAAAUUACGCCGAGCCGGAGGUUGACAUGGAGAUCAGGGCAGGCGGACAGAAAAAACUGUGCAAUGAAAGGAAAACACAAGGAUGAAUGCCAUAACUACAUCAAGGUUUUUGUUCCAAGAAACGAAGAGAUGGUCUUUGUUUGCGGUACAAACGCUUUCAAUCCCAUGUGCAGAUAUUACAGGCUAAGUACCUUUGAAUAUGAUGGGGAGGAAAUCAGCGGCUUGGCUAGAUGCCCAUUUGAUGCCAAACAAACCAAUGUUGCCCUAUUUGCUGAUGGGAAACUAUACUCGGCUACGAUGGCUGAUUUCCAAGCAAGUGAUGCCGUAAUCUACCGGAGCAUGGGGGAUGGAUUCGCUCUGAGGACAAUUAAAUAUGACUCAAAGUGGCUAAAAGAGCCGCAUUUUCUUCAUGCUAUAGAAUAUGGGAGUUACAUCUACUUCUUUUUUCGCGAAAUCGCCGUAGAGCACAAUAAUUUGGGCAAGGCUGUACAUUCUCGAGUUGCACGAAUAUGCAAAAACGAUUUGGGAGGCUCCCAGAGAGUACUGGAGAAACACUGGACUUCGUUUGUAAAAGCGAGGCUCAAUUGUUCCGUUCCUGGAGAUUCUUUCUUCUACUUUGAUGUUCUGCAGUCUAUCACAGACAUAAUAGAAAUCAAUGGAAUUCCUACAGUCGUUGGUGUAUUCAGCACACAGCUUAAUAGUAUCCCAGGUUCAGCAGUUUGUGCUUUCACUAUGGAUGACAUAGAAAAGGUAUUUAGAGGAAGAUUUAAAGAACAAAAGACUCCAGACUCUGUUUGGACAGCUGUACCUGAAGAUAAAGUACCUAAGCCAAGACCUGGCUGCUGUGCACGACAUGGCUUUGCUGAAAGCUAUCGGGCAUCCACUGAAUUUCCAGAUGAAACGCUGUCCUUCAUAAAGUCCCAUCCGUUGAUGGAUUCUGCGGUGCCUUCCAUCAUUGAAGAGCCUUGGUUCACCAAGACCCGUGUGAGGUACAGAUUAACAGCAGUCGCCGUGGACCACUUAGCUGGACCCUACCUAAACUACACAGUCAUGUUUGUGGGCUCCGAAGCUGGUGUAGUAUUAAAGAUUUUGGCCAAGACCAAUCCAUUUUCCUUAAACGAUAGCGUGUUGUUGGAAGAAAUUGAUGCGUACAAUCGUGCAAAGUGUUCUGGCAACAGCGAAGAAGACAGAAAAGUCAUAUCCCUCCAGAUGGACAGAGAACACCACGCCCUAUACGUUGCCUUCUCGGGUUGCAUUGUCAGGCUUCCUCUUAGCCGCUGUGACCGUUAUGGAUCAUGCAAGAAAUCUUGCAUUGCCUCAAGAGAUCCUUACUGUGCAUGGCUCAACCACGAAGCAUGUGGCAGAGUAAAACCCGGCAUGUUUUUCGGAUAUGAACAAGAUGUUGAGUAUGGUAAUACAGCACAGCUUGGAGACUGUCAUGAAAAAAUGCCUACUACAACUACACCAGAUUACAAAAUAUUUGGCGAUCCAACAUCUGUCACAGACAUGGAAGUCCCCUCCACCUCUGUACCCACAGUGGCGAGUAGCCCAGUCAUUUUGCCUAAAGUGAUUGGUUCUUGGAAACCUAGAAUGACUGGUUCACGGACAUUUGAUUUUCAAGACGAUUCUGAUUAUGUUGAUCCAUUAACAGGUGUCCCAAAGGGUGUAAGAUGGGAAGUUCAGUCAAGUGAAUCUAAUCAAAUGGUACAUAUGAAUGUCCUGAUCACCUGUGUCCUUGCUGCAUUUGUCCUUGGAGCCUUUAUUGCAGGAGUAGUAGUUUACUGUUAUCGGGAGAUGUUCGCAAGGAAAUCAAGAAAGAUACACAAAGAUGCAGAGUCUGCGCAGUCCUGUACUGACUCAAGUGGCAGUUUUGCCAAACUCAAUGGUUUAUUCGACAGCCCUGUUAAAGAAUAUCAGCAAAAUAUUGAUUCACCCAAACAUUACACCAAUAUAUUGACAAGCAGAAAAGAAUUGCCACCAAAUGGUGAUACAAAGUCUAUAAUGAUGGACAAUCAAGGACAGCCACCUGAACUUGCUGCGCUUCCAACUCCCGAGUCUACUCCGGUGCUUCAGCAAAAGAGCCUGCAGCCCAUUAAAAACCAAUGGGAAAAAGCACAUAACAAUCUAAACAUUUCACGGAAGGAAACUCCCCUUAAAAGUCCUCAAUUUUUCCCUUCCAGUCCUCCACCACAUUCACCUUUAGGGCAUGGACAAAUCCCAAGUGCCGUUGUUCUUCCAAAUGCUACUCAUGAUUAUAACAUGUCGUUUUCAAAUUCAAAUGCCCACAAAUCCGAUAAAAAACAUCAUAGUGUGGAGCAUUCCAUGAUAAAACAGUCAAGCAAGAAAGACCACAGACGAUCUGUGGAUUCCAGGAAUACACUGAAUGACUUUUUGAAGCAUCUAAAUGAAUCUUCUGGAAAUCCCAAAGCUAUGAUGGCAGAUAUUCAGGUGACUCCUCAAAAUGGGCAUCAGACUCCACAUCAGACCUUAAUGCUUGAUACAAUGGGAAACAUGUCAGAAAUUCCACCAAAAGUUCCCAACAGGGAGGCGUCUUUAUAUUCGCCAUCUUCUACACUUCCAAGAAACAGUCCUACAAAAAGAGUUGAUGUCCCUACAAUUCAAAAUGGGCAAAUGCCCCCAUCAUUAGAGACUCCAAGAAGUUACCAUAAAAAUUCAUCCCAGAGACACUCUAUAUCUGCGUUACCUAAAACUAUGAACUCGCCGAAUGGUGUUUUGCUUUCAAGACAGCCAAGUGUGAAUCGGGGAGGUUACAUGCCUCCAAGUCCAAAUCCAAGGGUGGACUAUAUCCAAGGAGCACCUGUCAUCAUUCAUCAACAGACUUCUUUAUCCCGGCAAAGUAGUUAUACCGGACACGGCACCCUUCCUCGUAUGGGAAUAAAGAGGACACCAUCCAUAAAACCAGAUGUGCCACCUAAACCAUCGUUUGCUCCACAGAAUACUUCUGUUAGACAACAUAAUAAAUAUAGCUACUGAAGACUUUAUCUUGUAUGAAGUAUACACAGUGGUACCACAUGGUGUUCAAGAACUCUGUAGGCAGAGAUGUGUUUUGCCUAAUCAGUCCCAAACUAAGCAUCCAAAGGUGGUGUCUUUAGUUUGGCAACAUCAUUUCUUGCCAGUGACUUGAGUUGCAAGAUUUAUUUGCAAAAGAUUAAACAAAGAAUAGUGCUGGUCAUUUUACUUCUUUGUUUGGAGCUAAGUGGACUUGUAAGCUCUUUGGGGGGCUACUUUACAGUUAAGAAAACCUGAUACAGUACUAACAUUUACAAUUUACUUGAAAAACGGGCUUCAUUUAAAACUGCCACCGUGUGUAGCCAUCCCAUUAAAUGUGAACGAUUAAUAUGUAUGCAUUCACCCCACUCCUUGCACAAGUAUCAGAAAAGUGUCUCAGAUAUUUUCAGGUUCAUUUCUUUUUACCAUCUCAAGCCUGUAAAGUUAGCCAUAAGUCAUGUAUGUAUGCCACUUUCAAAUUCAACUUGUGUGUAUAUUGUAUGUGUGUGCACAUAUGUCCUGUACACACGACCGUGCACGUAAUGAUCCGUGUUACAAUUUUUAAGCUGUGCAACUGUUUACAUUGAGCAUGAUUGAACAAACAAAGCUUAUGACCUUCCACUAGCCUUCUGUUUGGGUUUGUAGCUACACAAAACAGAGCGGCGUCUCUUCCCUGCCUUCCAGAUGAUUGGCUUAACAGGUACCUUGUGCAAGAAUGUUAAAGAUUCUUAGAAACGUACUGCUGCUAUUGAACCAAUAUUGUGUUUUUCACUGGAAAUGCUACUGAGAAUCUUUGUUGAAAGCUGUACCUUCCUGGGAAUAGAAGGUAGCUAACACUAGCUGGUCACUGUCAAUUUAAACAUAUCUAGUUCCUGAUGCAUCCAGGGCCGGAUUCCCAACAACACAGACUUGUCUAGAGUGGCCCUUUCCGGGGUUGCCAUAGAAGGUAUGUUAACAUGGCUUAAUAGAAUCUCCACCAAUUCUCUGAACGUUUUUGGCCAUACUCCACACAUGUGUUACCAUAAUUUCUCCACGUUGUGCCUAUGCCCAGCCUCCAAAGCCUUCUUUAUUCUUUUAUAAUACUUUUCCUUAAAAUGUGGUGGGGUGAGUGAUCUAUAUGCCUUGGUGUGCCUAUAAUGUAAAUCCGACCCUGGAAGCAUGUUUUUCAUGCCUAAUGCACUGAAAAUAGAACUCCUAACUUUGUAAGCUAAUUGAAGUUCCUAAGACCUUUCACUACUGCAAUUGUGUACUGUGUAACUUCUUGCACAUCUCGUAUUGCCCUUUUCCCCUUCCUUUUAAGUAAGAUUAAGGUCAGGCUGGCCAAACUAAAGUAGUUAGUUCUACAGUAGUGCAAUGAUAAUGUUUAUUUCAUGUGUUCGUCAAAGUCAUGCAGGUAAUGACAAUAUUCUGUAAAUAUGUGUGAGAGUACCUGAAUCUGUGCAUCUUUGUGCCUUAUUCAUGAAAAAAAACGUACUAUAGUCUGUAAAGUAUCUUCAGUAUAGCACGGUAUAUUAUCUGAGAGUCAGAUAGCAAAAUU